AGGCAGGUACCGCGGGGGCCUGCGGCGGCGCCUGCCAAACCCAGCCCGGCGCCACGGAGCGCGGCGGCCGGAGGAGACGCAGCCCCGCACCUCCUGAAACCUGCCGAAAAGGCAUUCAGUUGAACUCAGAGUCCCAGGGGUCCGAGUUGGUGGGCUACACCCACAUGUCAGAGGUACUGGAUUAGCAACGGGCAGAGCCAGAUUAUCUGUGUCUGUCCAAGCUAAGCUGCAGGGUCGCAGCUCAGAGUUUCGUCCGGGUGAUGCCUGUCCUCACUGCCAGCAGUGGCAAGUGGCUGCUGGAGGGAGCUGACAGCAAUGGCAUUUCUCACGAAUGCAGCCGGCAGCAGCCUACUCUAAAGUGAAGGAGAGCGACGUUUUCAACCGAACGUCAGCCAGAAAGAGAUCUCUCAAGAUUGAGUCUUUCUGAGUAAAGAAAAGAUAAAAUGGCAUCAAUGUUGCUUAGUCGACAACUGACCUGUUGCUUGCAGCAAAACUCCAGGCUGCUCGUAUUUGGACACAGAUAUAUCAGUCAAGCUGCAGCUAAAAUUGACGUGGAUUUUGAUUAUGAUGGACCUCUAAUGAAGACAGAAGUUCCUGGACCACGAUCUAGAGAAUUAAUGAAGCAGCUGAAUGGAAUUCAGAAUGCAGAAGCUGUACACUUUUUUUGCAAUUACGAAGAGAGCCGAGGGAACUACCUAGUAGAUGUAGAUGGCAAUCGCAUGCUGGAUCUCUACUCUCAGAUUUCAUCCAUCCCAAUAGGUUACAGCCAUCCCUCUCUGAUAAAGCUUCUACAGCAGCCACAGAACUUGAGCACUUUUAUCAACAGACCUGCCCUAGGGAUUUUACCUCCAGAGAACUUUGCAGAAAGACUGAAGGAAUCUUUGUUAUCGGUGGCUCCUAAGGGCCUGCCACAGGUGAUCACCAUGUCUUGUGGAUCCUGCUCUAAUGAAAAUGCCUUUAAAGCAAUAUUUAUGUGGUACAGAAACAAGGAGAGGGGCCAUAAUAAUGUCACAAAAGAGGAACUGGAAUCUUGCAUGAUUAACCAGCCCCCCGGCUGCCCCGACUACGCCAUGCUCUCCUUCAUGGGUGGCUUCCACGGAAGGACCCUGGGUUGCUUAGCUACAACUCACUCUAAAGCAAUUCACAAAUUGGACAUUCCAUCGCUGGACUGGCCUAUUGCUCCAUUUCCAAGGCUAAAGUAUCCUCUGGAAGACUUUGUGAAAGAGAAUCAACAGGAAGAAGCCCGCUGUUUAGAGGAGGUGGAAGACCUGAUUGUAAAGUACAGGAAAAAGAAGAAGAUUGUGGCUGGAAUCAUUAUAGAACCGAUACAGUCAGAGGGUGGGGACAAUCACGCGUCAGAUGACUUCUUCAGAAAGCUACGAGAUAUUGCCCGAAAGCAUGGCUGUGCAUUCUUGGUGGAUGAGGUGCAGACAGGAGGCGGCUGCACAGGAAAAUUCUGGGCACAUGAACAUUGGGGCCUGGAUGACCCAGCUGAUGUGGUAACGUUCAGUAAGAAGAUGAUGACAGGAGGAUUUUUCCACAAAGACGAGUUCAGGCCAAAUGCUCCCUAUCGGAUUUUUAAUACCUGGCUUGGAGAUCCAUCCAAGAACCUUAUGCUUGCUGAAGUCAUUAAGGUUAUUAAGAGAGAAGACCUUCUAAACAAUGCAACCCACGCUGGGAAAGCACUGCUGACCGGGCUGCUGGAUUUACAGGCUCGUUACCCCCAUCUUAUCAGCAGAGUGAGAGGAAGAGGAACAUUCUGCUCGUUUGACACUCCAAAUGAUGCAACUAGAAACAAGUUAAUUACAAUAGCCAGAAACAAAGGUGUUGUGCUGGGAGGCUGUGGUGACAGAUCGAUUCGUUUUCGUCCAACGCUGAUCUUCAAGGAUCAUCAUGCACACCUCUUUCUGAACAUUUUCAGUGACAUCUUAGCAAACUUCAAGUAAAAAGCAGUUCCCUCGCACUGAACAGCUGAUUAUGAAAUUAGUUUGCAUUAAUUCAUGUCUUCUCUACUUACAAGAUAAGUGUAAAGUCAUAAACUAAGGUUUGUGUUCUGUCUGUAAUCCUGCCCAAGGCCAGCUGCUCCAUGCAAACUCGACACAGGCAGAGCAUCGGUACUGGUCACCAGCAGGUACAUGCAGCUGUCCCACACUGUGCAUUUGUAGAAGCUGUGGCCCCUGUCUUCCGGCUUGGGUCAUGUUAAUGGCAGAGUCCUCUCUACGUUCCCAGCCCUGACUCUUUGAUUGCCUAAAUAUGAUCUGGUACAGUCCCUGUUCACAGGUCACCAAUCCCAGCACAUUUACUCUUGGGUCCAGAAGCAGCAAUAGGUGUGGCGCAACACUUAAAGCCACAUGCCUGCCAUACAGAAAGUGCCAUUCUCUAAUGGUAGCUGGAAUAAAAUAGGUGUUUCACGGAAAGCUCUGCUUUCCACCACUGCCAAGUACAGUAUUUUACAGAAUAAUUUCCAGCUUUACUCCCCUGAAUACAGUCACCUGCCACACCAGCUGGAUCAGGACGCCAUCAGCCUCCACGUACUGCUUCAGGGGCCACGUGUGCGGCGCUGUAAGUGGAACUGACGUAGUUGUACUUCUUUUCCUCCUCCUGGAUUUUAAAACUUUUGCCUUGUCUUACAAUCAGACUACUUGUCAAGAGAAAACUAGACCCUGAGUACACAAUCUGACAAAGCUUAGAAAAUCAUGUGAAGCACAUUAUUUCCACCUCUGUCAGCAAUCUAGAAUGAUUUUAGAUUAUUUUACCGUAACACACAAUAGCCAUUAAUUUCUCUAUUGGAAGUUCUACAUGAAUACUUCAGGUGUUUUGUAAAACUACAGCACAGUUGCUUGACCUUAGCCAUUACCUGACAUCAGAGCCACUACAGCGAAGGCCUAGUCCUAAUUGCAUAUUUAUAAUGCAAAGUAAUUCUAUUUUUGUUCUAUUAAUUCUAAGUCAGUGAUACUUCAGAGAUCUAGAAAGCCACAGGAUCAAAAAGUGUCAACAGUGGAUUAAGUUGUUUCUCUUCAGAUAAUUGUUUUGGAUGUCUCUUUACUAUGUGCUCUUUGCUGAUCGCUUAAGGCUGACUUGAACUAGGUCUGGUGCCUUUUUUUUUUCUUUCUCUUGGCUGGCAAGCACCUGAGUUUUGCUUACUAAGUUUAACUUUCUGUUGUGCACCACAAAACAGGGACCACAGUGGACUUUCCAGUUGCCCUAUGAGGAUCUGACCACAAUUUUUAAGUAUGUAAUAAGAGACAGAGCAAUUAAAAGAUUUACAGGUUUAAUACAGCUAUCAAAAUGGAAAAGGUUUCUUACCUGCUUUGAGAAGUGUUGAUCAUGGCUUUCCCAUUUUAUUUUUUGAGUGCUGGUAUUGGGAAUCUCAAGUACGCUCAAUUCUGCUCACUUAAAAAUAAUGGGAUUUCUGUAAACCUCUCUGCAGAAACCAGAAUUCUAGUACCAGCUGGUCAGAGCCUGAGCAGGUUUUUGAACAGAGGUUGGAAAAAUCUGGGGGAAGGACUGGUGACUUGGCGUUCCACAAAACCUCAUUGUCAUCGCUGUCCUUGUACGCGUAUUAUCAGCAAGAGGAAAGUCAAACCGAGCACUGUAUUUGACAGCAUUUUGUUCAACAUAUCAGUGCAGUAGUUUUAGUAAAUGUCUCUAGCAAGUCUUGUACUUUUACAGAAGCAAAGGUCAAGUAAUUUGAAGUCUUACCACAUCUUCACUUUUAUUAUGAAUACUCUAGCCGUUUUUAUAAUUUUUACUGACAGUCAGUAACUGUAUAAUUGUGUACAACAUGUUGAUGAAAUCAUGUUAGAGUAUACAUAGAAAGCACUGCAGCUGAGCAUAUAAAGUUAAUAUUGUUUACAGCAUACUGUGGACAGUGCCAAAUAAAUGUUGAAACAAAUACUUAACUACACUUCAUGGUGUAACUAGUAAAUGUACACAGAUUCAUGAAAAAUGACAUCUCAUGUGUAAUCAAUAUUCUUAAAUAAAAUAUUUAUAAUUGAA